AGGUACCGGAUUGUCUGGCUCGACAGCGGGCAUCGGGUCACCAGGUAUGACAGCGGGCACUGGGCACCAGGCAUCAGGUCAUUUGGCUUGCCAGCGGGCACCGCGUCAUCUGGCAAGGCAGUGGGCACCGGGUCACCAGGCAUUGGAUCGUCUGGCUCGACAGCGGGCAUCGGGUCACCAGGUAUGACAGCGGGCACUGGGUCACCAGGCAUCAGGUCAUUUGGCUUGCCAGCGGGCACCGCGUCAUCUGGCAAGGCAGUGGGCACCGGGUCACCAGGCAUUGGAUCGUCUGGCUCGACAGCGGGCAUCGGGUCACCAGGCAUCAGGUCAUUUGGCUCGCCAGCGGGCACCGCGUCAUCUGGCAAGGCAGUGGGCACCGAGUCACCAGGUACGACAGCGGGCUCUGAGUCAAUUGGCACGACAGCGGGCACCGGAUCAGGUACCGGAUCAUCUGGAUCAACAGCGGGCAUCGAGUCAACUGGC